AUGACGGAAUCACCCCCGAUGUUCUUCUUCCCUGACAAAACGGCUAGAGAUGAAUCACCUGAGAAUGAAUCAUCUGAAGAUGGACGAUCAGCAACAGCAGCAGCAGCAGCAGCAGCAGCAGCAGCAGCAGCAGCAGCAGCAGCAGCAGCAGCGGAAAGCAGUGGCACCAGUGAUGAUUUCCCUAUUCACCCUGCUGGCCCGGUUUACUCCAUUGACCUUGCUGGUCCUGUUGACUCCGUUGACUCCUUUGACCCUGCUGCCAGCCUUCUGUUGGCUGCUGUGCCCGCCUGUGAGCCUGCAGGCACAGCAGAGGGGAGAGGUGGAAGCGGGGGAGAGGAAGUCGUGCCUAUUGCCGCCGCAACAGCUGCUGACGGCUCGGUGGCAGGGGCAGGGGCAGGGGCAGCAUUGGUUUGUGCAGCAGACACAGGAGAAAGAGCUGACACAGGGGAAGAUGAAGCACUGCUCGCUGCCCCUCUUGCACCUGGCGCAACUGCUGCCCCUGCUAUUGCGGUUGGUGGCGGCACGGUGGCAGCGGGAGCAGCAGUGGCGGCAUGUGCUGCUGCAGUGGCUGGUGUGGGCGGCAUCAUGGCUGCCGGGACCACCGCUGGUGCACGCAGCAGUAGUGGCAGCAGGGCGGAGCAAGCAGAUGGGGCGCUGGUCGUGAAUGCAGGGAGCAGGCGGGAAGGAGUGGAGGGUAGGGAGGAAGGGGAUUUUCGGAGGUAUGCGGAGGGUAGGGAGGAAGUGGAGGGUAGGAAGGAAGCGGAGGUUAGGGCGGAAGUGGAGGGUAGGGAGGAGAAGACUGGGGCAGACCAACCUGAAAGGGCAGACGGGCUAGUGGAUGGGAGUGAGAGGAGUGUGGAGAGCGAGGACGAGAGAGGGAGCAGCUUGCCUGGCACGGUAACAGACGCUGCAAGCACGGUAACAGCGGCGCCAGUGACACCACUCGCAGUUGCAGCCUCCUUGGAGGCUCCUUCUCUCCUCGUGGAGCCAGGCGUGGUAGCACCCACACCCUCAGCAACAUCGCCCAGGCUGUCGCCCAGGCUAAGCAUUGCCACUGCAGGUGCAGCUGCCGCAGAGAGCGGUGCAGAGGGUGAUGGCAGCGUGGGUGGCAGCGUGGGUGGCAGCGGCACGGGGAUGGGCUGUGAAUCCGGUGGCAGUGAGGAGGCUGAGCUUACUUUCAGCACCACCAUCACCCAAGGUAGCAGCAACUGCAGCAGCAGCAGCAGCGGUGGUGCAAGUGAUGGUGCAGGUGUUGCGAGCAGCACGACACCAGCUGUCUCUGUGGAUUCAGCUCCCCGCGUGCCUCUCUUCCGCCCCAAAGCCCCUCCUCCCCUCCCUCUCUCCCCUCGCCCCCUCUCUCCGCUCCGUUCCAAGCAGUAUCUUGCGCUCUUCUCCUCCGCUCCUAUGUCUCCGGACCUAAAAAAGCAGCAGCAGCAGCAGGCAGCACGGAGAAUGGACUCCCCACCUCUCUCACCACAGCAGCUCUCUGCUCUUUCGUUCUCCCCUCCCCUAUCCCCCAAGAAAAUGUCUGCUCUCUCACCCUCCCCUCCCCUCUCCCCUCAGCAACCCCGUGGCAUGCCUCGCUCCCUCUCCCCUCACCGCAUGGGACAGGCGAGAGCAGCGGCAGAUGGGUGUGACGUGGCAGGUGUUGCCGACGUGGCAGAUGGUUCUCUUGUGCAUCCUCCCUCUGAUGACGCCAUCGGCGCUGGUACCCCUGCAGUGGCUGGAUUGGGCCUGCUGGCAGUGUGCUCCGGUGAAGUGGAAGAGGAGAAAGAGAGUGAGGAGGGAGACGAGGGAGAGGAGGGAGAGGAUGUUGAGAAGGGAGAGGGUGUAGAGGAGGGAGAGGAGGGAGGAGAGGGAGAGGAGGAAGAGGAGGAUGAAUGGAAGGAGGGCAACAGAGGGGAGCAAGGGCACGAGCCGAGGGGCUCUACAGCCUUUGUGGCGGCCCCUAUCCCUGUCCACGCUAGCCCCGAUGACCUCUCCCCUCGUGCUAUGUCCCCCGCUCCUGCUGCUGCAGCAGCAGCGGCGGGCGGGGUGCGGGAUGGACGAGUGAAGGGUCUGGCGUCCAUGUUUGAAGCCAAUUUGGCAGCCAAGCGCCAGAAGCAGUCAGCACCGCUGCCCCUCGCCACCACCACCACCACGCCGGCCCCUGCUGCACCUUGCCACACCACCUCUCACACGCCUUCACCGGUCACAGCCUCCCCCACGGCUACCUCUCCCGUAGAACCUUCUCCCACAGAGACUUCCCCCUCAGAUCCUCCCCUCAAUGAUCCUCCCCUCAAUGAGCCUCCCCUCAAUGAGCCUCCCCUCAAUGAGCCUCCCCACACAGAGCCUCCCCCCACAGAGCCUCCCCCCACAGAGCCUCCCCCCACAGCGCCUCCCCCCACAGAGCCUCCCCCCACAGAGCCUCCCCCCUCAGCGCCUCCCCCCACAGAGCCUCCGUUGGCAUCAGGGCGUGAGAAGCAGCAGCAGUGGGGGUGGUCCUCGCUGCUCGCCAUGGCCUGGCGCCCCUCCUGGGGCUCCGCUCACCCCCCCACUCCUGCUCCCGCCUCCGAAGCUCCCGCCUCCGAAGCUCCCGCCUCCGAAGCUCCCGCCUCCGAAGCUCCCGCCUCCGAAGCUCCCACUGAAGCGGAGAGUGAGCGUGAGAGUGACGGUGAGGGGGAGGCUUCGAGUGAGUGUGUGAGUGAGGUUGCAAGUGAGGGUGUGAGUGAGGAUGAGCGAGAGGGUGAUGAAGAGGUUGGGAGUGAGGAUGGGGGAGUUGAGAGAAGAUAUGAGAGUGAAAGAGGGGGAAAUUUUGUGGGUGCAGGUGAGGGGGCUGAGAGUAAAUACGAGAGUGAGGAAAACGGGGAGGUUGUGAGUGAGGGUGAGGGGGUUGAGAGUAAAUAUGAGAGUGAGGAAAACGGGGAGGUUGUGAGUGAGGGUGAGGGGGUUGAGAGUAAAUAUGAGAGUGAAGAAAACGGGGAGGUUGUGAGUGAGGGUAAGGGGGUUGAGAGUAAAUACGAGAGUGAAGAAGACAGGGAGGUUGUGAGUGAGGGUGAGGGGAUUGAGAGUAAAUAUGAGAGUGAGGAAAACGGAGAGGUUGUGAGUGAGGGUGAGGGGGUUGAGAGUAAAUACGAGAGUGAAGAAAACGGGGAGGUUGUGAGUGAGGGUGAGGGGGUUGAGAGUAAAUAUGAGAGUGAGGAAAACGAGGAGGUUGUGAGUGAGGGUGAGGGGGUUGAGAGUAGAUAUGAUAGCGAGGAGGGUGAGUUUGUGAGUGAGGGUGAGGGGGCUGCAAGUAAGUAUGAGAGUGAAGGGGAGAGAGACGUUGGGAGUGAGUAUGAGAGUGGAAGAGAGACUGGGGGCGAGGGUUGGAGUGAGAGUGGGGGAGAGAUGGCUGCUGCAGUGCACACAGAGCAUUCGAGGAAAGUGCUGGAGGUGUCGGAGGAUGUGCUGAGUGGGAGUGAUGAUGAGGAAGAAGAGGGGAGGAAUGAAGGGGAGGGGAGGGGAAGAGGAGGGGGAGUGGGGGUAAUGGUGCAAGGGGAAGCAAGCAGAGAUGAGGAGGAGCGGAGUGCAAAGGUGGAGGGGAUGGCGGUGGGGAGUGAGAAGGGAGAGGGUGGGGAUGCUGUGGAGGAGGAAGAGGAGGAGGGCGAAGGGCGAGAGGAUGAGGAAGGCGGAGAGGGUGAGGAAGGGAGAGAGGGUGAGGAAGGGAGGGAGGUUGGAGGUGAAGUAGGGGAGUGCGUGUCUGAGGCAGGAUGCUCCGGUGACGUGGAAGAUGACGUGGAAGAUGACGUGGAGGAUGACAUGAUAGUUGAUUUGGAAGGAGAGGAGCUGGACGUGGGUCAGCUACAGCGGGAUAUUGAGGCAGUUCUUAAGGAAGCCUUCAAACUGAAAGGGAAAGGGUCGGAUGGGGUGUGGCGCGUGACUGUGGUGCGAGAUAGCAGUAAGGAGGGGAGCGUGGUGGAGGUGGAUGCUGGGGAGGUGGGUGUGGGGGAGGUGGAUUUGGGGGCGGAUGCUGAUGAUGAGGGGGAGGAUGAUUCGGAGGAGGAGGGAGAGGACGAUGAUAGCUAUGUUGGGGAAGAGGAUGAGGACGAGGAGGACGACGAAGAAGAUGAGGAGGAAGAGGAAACGGAAGAAGAGGAAGAGGAGGAGAGCGAGGAGGAGGAGAGUGGGGAGGAGGAGGGGUGUGCGGGGGACAAGGCGGAGUCAUCAGAAGCAGUUACGGUGCAGGCAGGCGCAGGGCCUGCCGUAACUGCCUUGGCUGCUUGUGCUGCGGAUGUAGCAGUGGCGGCGAGAGAGAGGGGGGAGAAGGAGGGCAGUGGGAGCGAGGAAUUCGCGGAUGCACGGGGUGCAUCAGGGGAAUCAGGGGGGUCAGAGGGGCGUGGAGAGUUAGGAAAGGGAGAGGAAGAGGAUGAGAGCGAGGAGGGGGAGGAGGCAAGGGGGCAGCAGCAGCACCUCCCCAGCCUGCACAGCCAGCCGCCCUCCUUGCCUCCUCAGACAUCCUCCCUCGCUGCUGUUGCUGCCGCCGCUCCUGCUGCUGCUGCCGCCAGUGCCAGCGACAGUUCAGCAGCCGCAGCAGCAGUGGUAGCAGCGGCAGCCGGGGUGGCAGCAUGCAGUCAAUUUGAGGAGGGCUCUGCCAGUGCAGGCGAUGCUGACAGCACUGGGAGCACUGGGAGCGGUGAAGGCGUGCGGGCGACUGGCAGUGGUGAGAGCAGAGUGGGUGUUGACGGGGAUUGUGGCGCCGUUGAAGGCCUCACGGAUGGGGAAUACACCGAGGGGGAUAGAGGCGGUGUUGACAGCAUGGGAGGCAUGAUUGGCACGGGCGGCACGGGCGGCAUGGGCGGCAUGGCCAGCAGUGACAGUGUGGGCGGCAUAGUGAACAUAGAGGAUGUGGUGGAUGACGGUGCCUCUGACACCUCCUCUGCAUACCUUGACGCCCACAUGGAUCGCUUCACCUCCGCCUCCUCCCUGCGCUCCGCCUCCUUUCGAAGCACCACCUCUUUCCUCAGCACUGCCUCCGCUUUCGAUAACUCCGCCUCCUCUUUUGAUGACACAGCCAGCACCAUUGCCGGCUACCAAACCCCGCCCACCUUUCCCCCCUCCCCCGCCUACUCCCUCUCCUCCGCCCCCUCCCCCUCCCGCCUCUCCCUCACCUCCCGCUCCUUCUUCCCCUCCCCGUUCCCCCCGACCCUCUCCACGCCGCACCUCUCUCCCCCCGAGUCCCCUGCCUCUGCAGCCUCGGAAGCACUCUACUCUGCUCGUGAAUACUUCACCCCGCGUGCCCAGUCCCCGUCUGCUGCCUCUAUGCGCUCUGACCAACGAUUCUUCAGCAGCCCGGGCAGCAGCGACGGCUUUCACACGCCUCUUCACACCCUGCAGUCGCCGUCUCCCCGUGCUGGCCUGUACUUGCCGUCUCCCCGUGGCAGUCUGCGCUCUCCUUCCCCCCGUGCUAGCCUGCGCUCGCCCUCUCCCCGUGCUGACCUGCAUGCAACAGCACAGCGAAGCGGCUUCCACACUCUCACUCCUCGCUCCGCUCUCCGCUCCCUCUCCCUGCAGCCCGCUCGCCCUUCCUUCGCCUCUGCCAGUGCUGCUGGCGCUCGCAGUCUGGCAGACAGUGGAGAAGAGACUGGAGGCGGAUUAGGAAGAGAAGAAGCAGAGGGCAGGAAUACCAGCAGGGAUAUUGGCCAGGAUGCUGGCAGGGAUGGGCAGCAGCAGCAGCAGGACGUGGGCCAGCAAGUAGGGGGAGGGAGGAUGGCGGCAGAGGAGGUGGAGGAAAGCGAGGAUAAGUUUGUGGUGGCUGAACGGCCUGCUGCUGGUCACUCGCAGCCCGUGCAGCAGGAGCAGCGACAGGCGGAGGGGGAGAGGGAAGAGAAAGAGACAGAAGAGGAGGAGCAGAAGCAAAGCAUACCGCAGGAGAGGGUUAUUCCAGCAGCAGUUCCAGCCGUGGUCGCUGCUGUUGUUCCCAUCCUGAACCCUGACGCCCCAUCCUGUGACCCCACAGCAUCUGAACCCUCUCCCUGCAACCUCUCUGCUGCUGAUGCUGCUCCUCCUCACUCUGCUGCAACCGCAGCAGCUGCUUCUGGAGAAGACGCCAAGUGGAAGCUGCCUGGAAGGAGCCUGUUUGGUCUCUUUGCACGAGGCGCCGGUGGGAGUGCCAGCAGACGCACUGGGGGGACAGAAGAUGUGGCGGAGGAAGGAGUGGAAGGUGUGGGGGUGAGGGAGACGAGCAGCGGUGAUCCGAGAGGGGUGGAGCACGAGGAUGAGUUUGAGAGUGCUCGGGUUGGGUUGAGGGAGGAUGACGUGGUGGCAGGGGAUGCGUUGGGCGGAGUGGAUGGUGGGAUGGCGUUGGGGAGAGCAGAGGGGGAGGAGAAGAAUGAGGAUGAGCCUCGGGAGGAGGAGGAGGAGUUCUCCCGCUCCUCUAACACCUCCCGCCCUACCCUCUCCUCCUCUCGCCCUCCUGCAUUCCUCCCCACCUCUGCCGCUGCUGCUGGGAUCGCUCGGGCUCGGCUGCGGCCUGCUGUGUCCAUCGGCGGUGCUGCUGCCCCAGCUGCAGGGGAAGCUUCUCAGCUCGCCCCAGCGACCCGUGAAGGCCUGAGGACAGGUGCAGUGGGCACAGCAGGAAAGAGUUCUGCUGCUGGCAGAAGUGGCGGUUUGGAUGGGUUGAGAGGUGCAGAGGAGUCGGUUCCUGGUAUGGAAAGGAUUGGGGAUUGGGAAGAGGGUGGCAAGGAAGAGGAGGGGGAGGUGUUGCAGGGGCUGCGGGUGAAGAACCGGCAGGGCGAGUGGGAAGAGAGUGAGGACUUUCGGCCGCAGUGCUUGCAGCAGCCACAGUGCAUGCCCUCCCUGCACCUGCCCCGUGAGGAAGGGAACACGGCAGGAGCUGCUGACGCAGGGGGGAAGCGAAAGCACGGUGGCAGACGGGAGCACGAGACGAGGCGGACUGAUGAGGAUGAUGAUGAUGACUCGGUAAGAGAAAGGGAGGUGUGUGGGUGGAGUCAUAAGCAGAUGAGAUCACGACAUUCAUAA